GUCCCUAGAUCUUUUGAGGGUGGGGGUUGGGGAAAGGCAGGUACUGUAUAAAAGAAACUGUCUUGAGAUUUCUAAAAUUCAUACAAAAACUUCCUGGGUAAGGAAACUCACCAGGUUUGGCUCCUGAUCUUUAGUGAUGGACCCAGAAGCAACUUCAGCUUAUUUGGAUUAUUUCUAUGCUACAAGCCAAAACCCUGAAAUUGAGGAGGCCCGCUCCCCUGUGCCUUACACAUCCAUCUUCCUUCCCAUCUUCUACACGGCGGUGUUCCUGGCCGGAGUGUUGGGGAACCUCGUGCUCAUGAGUGCCUUGCAUUUCAAACGGGGCAGCCGAAGACUGAUUGACAUCUUUAUCAUCAACCUGGCUGCCUCUGACUUCAUUUUCCUCAUCACGUUGCCUCUCUGGGUGGAUAAAGAAGCAUCGUCAGGACUGUGGAGGACAGGCUCUUUCCUGUGCAAGGCCAGCUCCUACAUGAUCACAGUCAACAUGCACUGCAGUGUCUUCUUGCUCACCUGCAUGAGCGUGGACCGCUACCUGGCCAUCGUGUGUCCAGCCAUCUCCAGGAAAUUCAGAAGGAGAGACUGUGCAUAUGGAGUCUGCGCCAGUGUCUGGUUUAUCUCCUGUCUCCUGGGCUUGCCUACUCUUCUGUCCAGGGAGCUCACCAUGAUUGGUGACAAGCCAUACUGUGCAGAGAAGAGAGCCACUUCGGUUAAGUGGGCUUGGAGCCUGGUGGCCCUAAUUUUUACCUUUUUUGCACCUUUGGUGAGCAUUGUGACCUGCUACUGUUGCAUCGCGAGGAAGCUGUGUGCCCACUACCAGCAGUCAGGAAAGCACAACAAAAAGCUGAGGAAAUCCAUAAAGAUCAUCCUUAUUGUCGUGGCAGCCUUUGUCUUCUCCUGGCUGCCCUUCAAUACCUUCAAGCUCCUGUCCAUUGUCUCUGGGUUGCAGCAAGAACUCUACAUUUCCCAAGAUUUUCUGAAGCACGGUAUGGACGUGAGCGGGCCCUUGGCAUUUGCCAACAGCUGUGUCAACCCCUUCAUUUACUACGUCUUUGAUGGCUACAUCCGCCGGGCCAUCGUGCGCUGCCUGUGCCCUUGCCUGAAGAACUAUGACUUUGGGAGCAGCACCGAGACCUCAGACAGUCACCUCACUAAGGUUCUCUCCAACUUCGUCCAUGCAGAGGAUUUUGCCAGAAGGAGGAAGAGGUCUGUGUCACUCUAAAGGAGACUGGGACAUUUCAAGCUCUGUUGGCUGGAGAGUUAACUUGUCAGCGACAAAGAAAAGUAUUAGUGAUGAUAUUCACAUUACUUCAUAAAUACAAGAGUUGACUUUUGAAGACGUGACUGCAAAGUGCCUGUGUUUGUGGAUAUAAUCAGGCUGUGUGCUGUUUUUUAGCUGAGUGGCCUUAUCUGACCUUUGACAAUUAAGUUCACCAGGCACAAUACAGCUUUGUGGCCUUGAACUCUGAGGGCAAGUCUCCUGCUUGGACCAGCUUUCUUCUUCAGGAGUGUUCGUGCAUGUACAGGCCUUUUCCUCUCCAAGAACCAAGGUGCCUUCCUCCAUACAACCUUUUCUACAGGCUCCAUUUGGACUACAUUUAAAGGAUUCUGCCCACUUUCAUCUGGUGACAAAUGUGGUGACAAUGCAGACCAAAGCCACUGCCAGCACUUUAAUCACAAAUAUGAAAGGAGAGUCAUCUCCCAAGGAUUUCUCAAGCAAUUUUUCGUGAACCUACCACAGAAAAACUCUCCAUUAAAGCGCACGUAAGAUGUUGUCUGGUAACUUACAAUUGAUUUUAAAAUAGAUAUCCUCAAGGCGCAUGAAGUCUCAAACACACAUUCGCUCUCUUUGGGUCACAUUGAAAGAUGAAGACUAACCUGACCUUCCUGGGAGCCCCGGCCUUCGUCCUCUUUAACAACUCACAUCACCUCUGAGUGAGAACGGCUGUCUUGGAGGAAGCCAUGUGCGUGACUGACAGUGGACCAUUCCUAGGGGUCACAAGUUAAUUUUUAAAUAGAUGCAGAAAUGCACAGUGCGAUGGUAAGCUGAGUGAAAGAAGUCUUCCUCUAUGAUUCAUCUCGACUCCUCAAAUCAUUCUCUAUUCCCCCAGCAAUCUCAGAAGUAAGAAAUGACUUGUCAAAUAUGUGCCACAGAAGACAGUGAGCCUUGGCUUUCCCUGCAGUGCUCAUUCACAAAAGUCAAGCAUUAUUAAAAGAAUUACAAAUUCACUUCUCAAAGUGCCACUGGUGUAGACUGCCAGCAAGAUGAGGCCUCCAGCCCCGAGAGAAAAGUGCCCUCGGAGAGAAAGCAGGAGGAUGGUUCCAACCGCCAGAAUAUUUGCAAACGGCACUGCGCUUGGCCUUCCGCAGAGGUUGGUGUGGAUUGGAUUGCCUCUUGAAAAUGCCUGUUCGUAUUUUAAGUACUUUUCUUUGAGUCAACAUUCUUUGUUUUUAUCAGUUCUGUGAGUAAACAAUUAUGACUAGACUUUACGUAUAAGUGUUAGGGGAAAACAACAGUGCCAGUGACCGGCCUUUGUCCUGCAGACGGAAAAAUACAGCUUGGGAUAGGUCACCCUGGUCUCUUGUUAUCCUUGUCAUUUCUUUAGUAGAGCUGCAUUUCCUAAAUGUAUUUGAUCAGUGGGCGUUGCAUCCUAAGAUUAACCUACAGCAUUAAAAAAAACACCUACUUUAAAUAUCCAAUGUUUUAAACUGUUAAUAAAGUGAAGGUUCUUAUGACAAAUUAAAUCAUAGCAAAAUAUAAAUUCACAUGAAAUGUCCAUCAGUCAAUCUAAAAGUGGAGGGAAGUACUGUGUUAGUUGGCAGCCAUUAUUAAACUAAACAUUUCUUGGUGUACGUACAUGAAUACCAAAUUUCUAAGACCCAAAGGUGCUUUAAAAUUACAGUGGAACUUUAUUGAGUUGGCCACAUGUGGUUAAGUUGAAUCUUGGUUAACUUAAAGUGGUCAAUUUAAAAGAUUUAUGAUACAAUGUUCAUAUUAGUUUUAUGAUGCUCUAUGGACCAAGGGAAGGAUAUCAUCAAUCUGACAUUAUUCAGAGAUUUUCUUAUUUGUUAAUUAAGAGGAGUUAAUAAUUAGCUAGUUUCCUAUCACCCCCACGUUAACGAGAGUUAAGCUUCAUCUAUGAGUAUUUCAUGUUUGUCAACAUUGAUGGGAAAUUUAACAUACUUACCUGCUAACUCUUAUCAAUUCUGAUUAGAAACAUUUCAUUUCUCUGUUACUAUCAGUUCAAAUGAAACAUGAAAGGUCCUCAUUGCUAGAAUACUUUAUGAUCUAUAUUUCAAAAGUGUACUCUCCCAUUUGCUCUUAAUUAUAUACAACGCAGAAGAUUUAGAUCUUGUGAUGUUCUUAGAGCAAAUAAAAUUUAAUGCAUCAAAAA